AUGUCACAGGGGCCACUUGGCAACGGGGGCCCCCUGGCCACACCGGGCAGCUCAUCCGACGGAGGCCGGAAGCCAUGCUCUCCAUCUGACGUGCGCUGGGGAGCCCGCGUCCCUCUUCUUUCCAAAAACCUAACAGAGGGGAGAAGGAUGGAGAAGGACGCGGCCACACACAGGAGGCACCGGCCAGGCCCCGGGGUCCCUGCUUCAGGGGUGGCCCCUGGACACCUCAAGGCAGCCAGCGAGAUGGCCGAGCUCCAGAGGAGCAGGAGCAUGGGCGGCCUGCACCAAAAGGGGGACCCUCCGAGCUGCAUCAAGAAGUUGUCCAAGGAACCGGAGUCCGAAGACCAGGGAAAGGACCCGCGGAGUGACACUGAAGAUGCCGGCUGUCAGGCAGACCCAGAGGAAGACACGCAGGAAAAGCACCAGGACGCCCGGGGAAAGUUGGACCCAGACGGUGGAAGGACAGAGCCAGAGGAACCAGAGUCUGUCAAGGUGGACGACCGUCCCGGAAAAGAGAAACCAUCUGUGUUUGUGGAGAUUGAUCUGGGAGACCAUGCCGAGGAGGUGGUCACAGGUGCCAUGAGAGAAGAGAAGCGGUCCCAGAUGGACAUGGGGGAUUUGUCAGAAGAUGAGACCAGGACCAGCUGGGUGUGCUGCAUCCCCUACUCCACCAGAAGGAAGGCGAAGGAGAGCGUGUAGCCGCCGUGGACAAGGGCACCGCGAACCACCCAGGU